AUGAGUGAGAUUUGUAGGGUUUGGUGUUUCAUAAUUCCAUUUUUGUUAAUCUGCAAUUUCCAUGGAGCCUAUUGCUCCUACGCAGGUUCCACCAAUGCGAUCAUCGAUCCAACUAAAGUGAGACAGGUUUCAUGGAAGCCAAGAGCUUUCGUUUACGAAGGUUUCUUGACGGAUUUGGAAUGUGAUCAUUUGAUUUCUAUAGCGAAAUCGGAACUUAAGAGAUCUGCGGUGGCGGAUAAUUUGUCCGGUGAGAGUAAAUUAAGCGAAGUCAGAACAAGCUCUGGCAUGUUCAUUUCUAAGAACAAGGAUGCCAUUGUUUCUGGUAUUGAGGACAAGAUUGCAUCCUGGACCUUUCUUCCAAAAGAUAAUGGCGAAGACAUACAAGUAUUGAGAUAUGAACAUGGGCAGAAAUAUGACCCACACUAUGAUUACUUUUCUGAUAAAGUUAAUAUAGCUCGGGGUGGACACCGGGUUGCCACUGUUCUCAUGUAUCUCACAAAUGUGACCAAAGGCGGUGAAACUGUGUUCCCUAAUGCAGAGUUACAAGAAUCUCCCCAUCAUAAAUUAUCUGAAACAAGUGAAGAUCUCUCUGAGUGUGGCAAAAAAGGAGUCGCAGUGAAACCCCGAAGAGGAGAUGCACUUCUAUUCUUUAGUCUCCACCCAAAUGCUAUCCCAGACACUCUCAGUCUUCAUGCAGGAUGCCCUGUAAUCGAAGGAGAGAAAUAUUCGGCAACAAAGUGGAUUCAUGUGGACUCAUUUGAUAAGGUGGUGGGAGCUGGAGGGGACUGCACUGAUCAGCAUGAAAGUUGUGAAAGAUGGGCUGCCCUUGGAGAAUGCACUAAGAAUCCUGAAUACAUGGUUGGAUCUGCUGACCUUCCUGGUUACUGUAGGAAAAGUUGCAAGACAUGUUAA